GAAGGUCAGUGUCUGAUGGGACCAAAUCCUUUGAAGCUUCAGACGUCUCUCAGCUGUGAAGCCAGAAGCAGCUGAUCGAGUCAAGGGCUUGGAUGCAUUCGUAUCAUCCUCAUGGUUUUACUGAGGAAUAUUUUUUGACGUUGGAAUUCUGAUCAACGGAACAACAUGACACUUUUGGGCUCUGAACACUCACUGUUGAUUCGGAGUAAAUUCAGAUCAGUUUUACAGUUACGGCUUCAGCAAAGAAGGACUCAAGAGCAUCUGGUGGACCAAGGCAUCAUGCCCCCCCUGAAGAACCCAGCUGCAUUCCACGAGCAGAGGAAAAACUUGGAUCGAGCCAAGCCUGAAGACUGUUUAAAGCACAAGAUAAGAAACAGACCGGAGAAGUGUGGACUGAUUAACAUGCAUAUCUUUCAGGAUUCAGCUGCAGAGGGCUCGGCUCAGGCUGCCCAAAUGAAGCUAAAAAGAGCUCGCCUUGCUGAUGACCUGAAUGAAAGAAUUUCACUCAGACCAGGUCCACUUGAGCUGGUGGAGAAGAACAUUAUUCCUCUUGAGUCCAGUGCCAAAGAGGCCAUGAAAGGUAACCAAGUACACUUUCCAAAACCCGUGGAUGCCUUUGCCUUUGAGGAAGACAGCAGUAAUGAUGGCUUAUCCCCGGAACAGGAGCACCGUAAAGAACUGCAAGUUCAUGCAUCUAAAUCUCCACAAGAAGUCAAGAACCUGGAAGCCACUAAUUCUCCCCAAUCCCGUCUGGCCCAGAACCAGACUCCAGAGAAUGAAAAAGAUCUUCAGGAUAUGAACUCACCUCCAAGUCACUCGUGUUCUAUGCACUCGGAAGGUCAGCUGUCCCCGUCCGUUCCACUCACGGGAGCCGCAGUCAAGUCUAAAUCCUCAGCAGAUUGUAAGAACAGACACAAGAAACCAAAAGAUAUCAAACCAAAGGUGAAAAAACUGAAAUAUCACCAAUACAUUCCUCCGGACCAAAAAGCGGAAAAAUCUCCGCCUCCAAUGGACACCGCUUAUGCCAGACUACUACAACAACAGCAACUAUUCCUCCAGCUUCAGAUUCUCAGCCAACAACAGCAGCAGCAUUUUAAUUACCCAAACAUGCACCACUCUCAACUCAAGCAGCAGAAUGAUCAAAUGGUUCGGAAUUCCAACCAACCUAAUAUCAACAGCCCAUCUUUGUCUCCGGUGAAGACCACGUUUCCUGGACAACCAAAUGUAUCCUCCAUGAAACCAGGUCUGCUGCCUUCCAAUCUCGAUGACCUGAAGGUAUCUGAACUGAGGCAACAGCUUCGAAUACGAGGACUACCUGUGUCUGGUACGAAAAUGUCACUUAUGGAGCGGUUGCGACCUUUUCAGGACUGUGGAGGGAAUGCAGUACCAAACUUUGGUGAAAUAACAACUGUCACCUUCCCAGUGACACCAAAUAAUGCACUUUCAAACUACCAGACUCAUCCCUCCGCAGGAGUGUUAUCCAAUAGUUUCUACCAGUUUGGUAGUACCAGUUCCACUCCUCCAAUAUCCCCAGCAUCAUCCGACCUCUCUGUAAGCGGAUCUCUGCCUGACACCUUCAGUGAUGGACCAAUGUCUUCUCCUCAGUUUGGUCUCCACCCAUCCCCUAUCCAUCUGAGUGCUGAGGAAAGUCUAAUGAGCAGCAUGAACAGUGGCAGCUACCAAGCAGAACUGGAAGGAAUUGAUGCAGAGAAAGAUAAAAUGCUAGUAGAGAAACAGAAGGUCAUUAAUGAGCUGACAUGGAAGCUUCAACAAGAACAAAGACAGGUGGAAGAAUUACGGCUGCAACUACAAAAAAGGAAAGGAAGCGGUGCUCCUCAAGACAAGCAAAUUCCAUCUCAACAUUUUUUUGGGGUGCCCAUUAAACAAGAAAAUGUAUCUAGCUGUCCAUUUGCCUCAAAGCAAAUGGCUUUGAAAGCACAAACAUCCAACCAAAGUGAGAAAUUGGGUCCAUGUGGUUCACAACCAAUGUCCUGCAUGGUUAAUAAUCACUGUAUGGAGACAUCUGUUCAAAACUCCAUGUCUUCCACAUUUUUGAGUCCACAGUGUUCUCCGCAACAUUCACCUCUUGGAACUACUAACAGUCCACAGCAUAUAAGCUUGCCGCCAUCUCCUAAUAACCACUACCUACUGUCCGUGUCUCCGAGCACACAUGGAGAUGGAGGCACUGUUUCACCACAUGUAAACAAUCGAGUUCACCCAACACAGAGUGCUGUGAACACAGUCUGCUUUUCUCCAAACAAGACUAAUCUUCAGUCAUCGUUCAUCGACCAAUCGGAAAGCAAGCAGAGUAAUAAAGAUGGCGUCUCUUCCAAGAGUCCAAUUAUGCAGCGAAAGAUGACUGUUUUACAACCAUCUCCCCAGACAGGGCAAAAGCUUUCAGUUCCAUGCCCGAAUUUCUCUAACGCAGCCCCAGCUGUCAUAAAGCAACCACCCUCCUAUGAGGAUGCAGUCAGACAGCAAACAACAAGAAGCCAGCAAAUGGAUGAACUCCUUGAUGUCCUCAUUGAAAGUGGAGAAAUGCCAGCUAAUGCCAAAGAGGAGCGACCAUGUGCACAGCAGAAGCUCCACCAGCUUAAUGUGUCAACUGGAAACUCAAAUCCACAAACGCCCAGUGCUCACCUUCCUUACGACAAUGGUCCAAACAGUGACAGUCACCUUGAAGUCUUAUUAAAUUCCCACAGCCCCGUUGGGAGAUCCACUGAAAUGCGUCUUCUUAAACUUGGAAAUGGGGAGCCUUCCUUCGAUGUAGUGAUAGAUGCAUAUCCAGGAAAAGCGACAGAGGAGAUUCUCCCUUCCAGAGAAAUUUUAGACACAUCCCUUUCUCCAAUGGAGACCCAACUGUCUUCGUCUUCUGCAGAAAGUGCCGCCCUCCAUCACUUGAGUUUCACUGAGUCUCCUUGGGAGACCAUGGAGUGGUUGGAUUUAACACCUCCAAGCUCUGCUUCAGGCUUGGGCACGCUCAGCACUACUGGUCCUAGUAUCUUCAACACAGAUUUCUUGGAUGACACAGAUCUCAACCUAACUUCUGCCAUGGACCUGCAUUUAGAACAGUGGUAAUGGACAGCAAAAAAAAAAAAAAAAUACUUAAUAAGACAAUUAAAAAAAUAAAACUUUAUCAGUGAAUGAUAUGUAUUAAGAUUAAGCCACAACAACCUUUAGUGACUAAUGAUGGUUCAUUUAGUACAUGCACCAGCUUUGUUGACUAAUGUCUGUAUUGGUUAAUCUAUGCAGAAGCCAGCCCGAUCCUGCUACAAAAGCCCUAUGUGAAACCUGCUGGAACAAACAGAACUAUCUAAAAGCUUGUAUAUUACGUCCAUCAGCAGAUGUUUUUGGAACAGAACCAGUGCAAUUAUCAAAUGUCUGCACUGAGCUUUUUAGAUGAAAAUCUGUUUUCACUUGAAUAUGUCCCUGCCCCGACAAUUGAAAGCUGUACUUUUUACAAUCAUGGCUUCCCACUAAUUGAAAGUAAUUCUACAGACCAAAGACCGUCCUGGAACACUGUUUAUAAACUCUGUUCUACUGCCAAUUUUAUAAACUUUGAAAACUUUUUCUUCUUUCUACGUGAUUGGACAAUCAUUCUUUAUCAUUCUGAAGAGGAUAAGGGGAAAAAAAACAUGUGGGUCUUCCAUGUACCAACAAAUACUGCUAAUUAUUCCAGAAGACAUCGCGAUGAAUUCUUUCUGCAUUGGUAAACCUGUUUUUUAGGAAAAUGUAUAGGCCUGACACCAUGCAAGCUGUACACUCACAAAGAUCACAUUUUUACAAGCACAGAAAAGGGAAACCACCACAUUUUGAGAAGGGUUCGUGUGUACAUGUUUUGCAAACUAAAAAUAACGUUCAAGGAUUUUAAGAAAACAUAAAAGAAAGUUCUAUCCAGUCCGUCUUAAAAUGAUUAGCAAGUUCAUAUUGUAGGGCAGUGGUGUCAAAGCUUGGCCUAUAGUUUAAGAAAAUU